AUGAAUUUGCGUUCUUGGCUAGCUUCUACAGAAAAGAAGCUAACGCAUGCAAACCCUGAUACUCUGAAGGGCACACAGAAUACGUUAGAACAGAUUUUCGUCAAGAUCAUAUCGGCUUCUGCACCUUACACACCGCCAGGUCGCGCAGUUCGUCAGUUGGUCGCACAAUGUCUAAUUAAGGUAUAUCGGCGAGGGGAGACUCGGACGCUCUUUGAUACGCUCCAGGCGUUGAUGAAGAUAGUUGGCGAUUUCAAAGCGAUAGAAAAGGACACUGUCAAAGUUGCUGCAUUUUCGUGUAUCGGCGACUUAAUGUAUGAGUUCGGGACCCAGGUUAUGUUCUUCAUGGCUGAGAUAUCAAUGGUAACUCUGAGAAUGGCGAAGUCUUCAAACAUCGAGCGUACCGUCGUAAUCCAAGAACCUGCUGCAAAAGGCGUUAAGAAAGCUGGACAGGCUCUCGGCGAUGAUCCGCUCUCUCCUGCAGGCGGAACGAGCACGGAAAUAAAGAAACCGAUGUUCUCGCCGGCAGAGAUGCUGGCCCACCUGGGCAUUUCACCAAGACCCUUACAUCAUCUUCUGGCCCCGCCGCUCGCAAAACACGCGUCGCAUUUCAUGAAUGACAUCGUGGCCAACCCUCUGCUUCACAAGAACGUUCACGCCAACAACCUGAACGGCGGCAGUACCCUGCGUUACGAGACCUUGUUGAUUAGGAAUGCGGUUGGGAUUUUGGUUCGGGAUGUAAUCGGUGUGCGGAUGCUCAGCAAACAAGGUCAAAUCGGAGCGAUGCAAGAACUCUCCAACUCGUAUUUAAAGCGCUGGCCGGCAAUGAUGCCAGGUCAAGUCGCGCCGUCGUCGACUAUACUCGUUGUUGCCCUGCGAGAGGUAGCGGGGUUGCUGCAGCAGUUAGGGAACGCCCCACCGCCUGUUCAAGACGCUGUUUCCGAGCCACUGGUGACACUCCUCACUCAUCCUUGA